CCGGUUCUGUUGGAGCCCCAGGAUGUCGGUUCUAAGCAGCAAAGCGCUCCAGGAGCAGCUCUCCGUCGUCCUGGAAGCGCUGACCAAGGCGGCGCUGGUAGAGAUCUGCGAGCUGGUGGAGGAGGGUUACUCGGUGCUGCAGCUGGAGAUCAGCCGGAGCCACAAGGAGAACCAGGACCUGCGGAAGAAGCUGCACCUCAUCGAGUCCAUCGUGGUCCCGGGCGGCGGCGGGGAGAGCCAGGCGCUGGCCCCGGACGAGAAGACUAAGGCGACAGAAGCUGCUGUCCGACCGGAAACGCCGCAUAGACAGCGGGACAGAGAGCGGGAGGAGGACGCCUCCGGAGGAGACGGAGGAUCCGCCGGGGUGGAGCCGGAGGAGGUUCCGGAUGUGGUUCUGAUUAAAGACGAAGACUUGGACGGGUUCGACGGCAUCGACGACGGAGAACGGAGGCGCCAUGAUGCCGGAGCGGCAGCCGCCAGCGAAGCCUCCCCCUCGGCUCGGUCCGUCCGCAGGCGGCGGCGUCGCAGUCGGCCGUACGAAGAUGGCGACCUGUUGGCGCUGAAGUCUUCCAAACUGUCGGCCGGGUCACAGCAGAAUGUCCCGGUCUACAGCCUGGACUCGCCCUGCAGCGACCCGGGCGGCUCGGCGCUGGAGGACGUCCAGGUGAAGGCGGACGCCUCGGCCUGCUCCUACCCGGACGUCCAGCUGGUCCAGGACUGCUCCCUGGGGCCGCCGGGCCCCAGCAGGCAGCUGUUCUUCAGCAGCGGCACCCUGAUGGAGGCCCAGUCCCCGUCCAACCGGGCCGACCUGGACCUGAACCUGGACCCGUCCUGGUCCAAACAGCCCAAAGGCUCCAUGGCGUUCGCCCAGUUCUGCCCCAGUGAGAACCUGGAGGGCGACGUGUUCAGCCUGAAGCUGGUCGGCAUCGCCGGCGGAGCCGACGACCACAGCGCCGCAGCCUUCGAGUUUGAAAACGGCGGCGGCGGCAUGCUGAACUUCGGGCUGUACGGAUCCUCGCCGGGCCAGCAGCUCUCCGCUGCGGAUCCGGACGAGGACGCCCACAGGAAGCGCUUCGUCUGCUCCAUCUGCAACAAGACCUACGCCACGGCGCAGAACCUGGAGGUCCACACCCGCAUCCACACGGGCGAGCGGCCGUUCGCCUGCGACCAGUGCGGCAAGAAGUUCACGCAGUCGGCCCACCUGAGGUCGCACCUGAACGUUCACACGGGGGAGAGACCGUACGGCUGCUCGCUCUGCUCCCGCAGCUUCAUCGUCAAGUACAGCCUCAAGCUGCACAUGAAGAAGUGCCACCCCAACAACUGGGUCCAAACGGGCCCAACGACUGGGCCCAAGCGGCCUGAACCGGGUCCCAACUGGGCCCAGCAACUGAGCCCAACUGGGCCCAACAACUGAGCCUAAGCAGGCUGAACUGGGCCCAAACGGGUCGCUCCAGAACUUUGUUCCACUCUUUAAUCCUUUGUUUUCUAGCGAAGCGGCCAGAGGUUGUAAGUUAAUUCAGGAGCGGUUUCUCUUUAAGGUUUAAAACAACUCAUAAUCAGAUUUAUAUUUCUUUAAAACCAAAAUAAGAGGUUGUAAUUUUAAACCAUCUCAACACGACUGUGGAUUUUUGCAGUGAAAGAAAAAGAGAGAGAGAGAGAUUGGAGCUCCAACUUAGAAAAUGUAGUUCAUUUGUCACAUGUAUUCGAAUGUCUGUCAAACUUAAUUUAUUAGCAUUAGAUAUAUUAACAUGACUACUUAAUAAACUUAAUGAUUACUUGUAACUGGGGAUGCUCCGUUCUGGUUUUUCUGUUCUGAUCUCUGAUCACUGCCGAUCAUCUGGAUUGGCUGUUAAUUUCUCGCUUUAAGUAUAAAUGAUACUAAUAGAUCUGGCAAAAUGGAAAAAUUAUCUGGCAAUAAAUUCACCUAAUAUAGACAUAAAACAUGGAAAAUACAACAGCUGUCAGGCAAAAGGACAACUGAUAAACCUGCGAUCAGUAAAAUAAAAUUUAACAGUAAGGCUCUCAGUGCCAUAAAUUAUACAUGAGUCAAAUAAAUCUGGUUAUCAAAUAAUGUCAAGUAAUAAAGGAAACAUUCAAUCAAAGUCAAAUGCAGGUUGCAUCAAAAACAAUCCUGAUACGAAAUCCAAGCUUCCUUAACAUGGCUAAGUAAUGCUGGUUCUGAUUGGCUAGCUGAGGAAUGCUGGUUCUGAUUGGCUAGCUGAGGAAUGCUGGUUCUGAUUGGCUAGCUGAGGAAUGCUGGUUCCGAUUGGUUUCUGACCGAGCGGAGUAAUUCUGCAGGGAGGAGGCGGAGGAGAUCGAUUAAUUUUUUCCAGAGAUUAUCUGUUUUACGUUAGGACAUAUCGAAAGUUUUAUUACUUAUCUAAAAUCUGUUUUGUUUAAGUUCCCUGCUGCAGCUUUAAGCAGCUGUCAGGUGGAGGCUGAGCGGCUCCGUCUGUGAAACAUUACCACCAGUAGCAGCGGUCCAAGAGCGAGAGCAGAACCAGCGUCUUACACCGCAGCUUGAAGACUUAAAUUAUUUCUCAGGUUAAUUGUUUAGCUUUCUGACCAUCAUGCUCUUCUGGGUGAGUGUUGGUAGCUGUGCGCUGCUUUGCCCUUUACCUGGUCGCUCCGGAUGUCCUUGUUCCUGCAGUGAGCCUCGAUGUAGCCAAACUAAGUCAAGUGCUUGUUUUUUAAAUGUCACACAUUGUUGAUGCAUCUGACUGCUUCACCCCUGAGGUAUUUCUCCGUCGCAACACGCAAACUUCCCCCAUUCGCUCUGAGCUUUAUAGUUCUUCACCAUUUGCUUAGGAUUUGUUGCUGCGCUUUGCAGAGUGAAGGAAAGAGGAGACCAGCUGCACCGGCUGCCAUGUGAGAUACUGUGAUCGGUUUGUGAUCGGUGACAACAGACCGUGAUCGGCGAUCACCGAUCAUAUACUUUUUCACAGAAAUCGGCCGGUUAUGAUCAGUGGCCGAUCGAUCAGCACACCUCUACUUGUAA